GGCGCUGCUCGUGCAGCCGAGCACGGACUUUGCUCGAGGAGUUCCUGGGCUGAAGGAGCAUGCAAAACGGCACCCGUUGCAUGCCGGAGUCGCUCGGCGCGCCGGGGCUGCGCAAGAGGACAACAGUGGCCAGGACCGGCUCGAUCUCGAGGAGGUGAUUUCAGAAGCUGAACGGGUGCUGAACACAUCGGCGACGAAGAAAGACAUGCAAGUGGUCAUGCGAAAAGUGCAGCUGACAGAUCCAGAGAAGUGGAAUGAUUUGGUGACUAAGCCUGAGUUAAAACAGCAGCUAAAGAAGUUUGUGGCAGAGGCCAAAGCAGCCUCAAAGGGCUUGAAAGAGGACCUGCUCCUGCAGCAGCUGAAGCUUGCGCUCGCGCAGCAAGAAGCUGCCCAGGAGCAGGAAGUUAAAGCCGUCGCCAGAUUGGAGAAGGCGGAGGAAUCAGGCACCAAGGAGGAGGUGGAGAAGGCGAAGAAGGAGGUGGAGAAGGCGGAAAGGAAGGUGGAGAGGGCGAAGAAGGAGGUCAAGGAGGCGAAGGCAUGCGGCCGGACGAAGGAGUCCGAGGACCCACUGGCCAUCAUGGCGAACUCAGAGCACACCGUGGAAGGCUUGUUACGCCUUCGAGCCUGCCUGAAAGAGAAACUGCCUGCCAUUCAUGUCGAGCCAAACGAUGGCGAGUUUCAGGCUCGGCCUUGGGAGUCCCAGGAGUUUCUGAAUAGGGUCUCCAAGAUGUUGGGGGUUCGAAGUCGCAGUGGCUCUUUGGCCAAAGCAGACAGCCCGCUGCUGGAGUAUGCCACGAUGAGUGGCGCUGGCAAGUCACGUUGGGGUUUUGAGGUGGAACGCUUGCUAAAGCGGGACCAAAGCUUCAACUCGUGUGCAAUCUCUCGCAUAGGGCUGAACUUCAACGGUGGCACUGGUGCCGGGGGAGCUGAUGGCACGGAAACAGAGUAUUUGUGGAAGCAAAACAUAGACUUGGAGCAAAUCAUGGCCACACUACUUCUUGCUCGGGGGCUUUUGCAGUGCUCGCCAGCCAAAUUGCGGGAAGAUUGGUCAAAGGGCUUGACAGUCAAUACAGUUCUUGACGCAGUCUUCAAAAGCUUUACAAACAGCUCAGCGGCAAACAAGAGCAUACUGGUUGUGCAUGUGGAUGAGCUCGGCAGGCUGCUGAAGCGUGGGUUCAAUGACAGACAACUCAAAGACUUUGUGAACUUUUUGGCUGAAUACAACUGUCAGCCGAAUCCUUCGGGAUUGGUGGUGCCGGUCAUUACGCACACUGCACCGGUGGUAUGGGAUCCAGAGCCGACUGUGCUACAGUUGGAACGCUUGAACCUUUAUCCGUUCAGCUUUGAAGACUCCACGAAGUUCUUGCCAGGCCUGAAUAUCACUGGCUUGCAAGCCCGGCUUGCCAUCAGUGCCUGCGGAGGUCAUGCAGCGUUGCUGGUCCAGUUGCGCCGCUUCAUGCAACGGCAGGCCGGUGGACUUGGUCCACUGCUCACAUGCGACCGCGUCUAUCAACAUGAAGCGGCCGUGCUGAGCGAGACAGUGCGGCCAGCCUGCUUUGCAUUGGUUCAGGCUGUGCUGCUGCAAAGCAUAGUUCCCAAAUCCAAGUUCCAGGACUUUUUUCAACUUGGCCUAGCCUUCAUUGAGAGGACGCGGGCGACAGUCCGGGUGACGGUACCGUACCCAUUCUUCUUGAACCUGCUGAUGCAGUUGGAUCGCCCAGAGCGUUUCAAACACCUGCGACCCGAAAAUCCCACUGGCACAGACCGCCGCUGGAGUUCGAAGGCGUUCGAGGCACUUUGCACAAUGCGAGUGGCCAUUGACAUGGAUGGCUUUCCCUACGACCUGCCCUGCGAUCCUAGAGCAGCAGCGAUAGAAUUCAGAAGAGACAGGAAAUCUCGUGUGUGUCUUGCAGAGAGCGAUACGGAGCGGGGUGUGGACAGCAUCGGAUUUGACGGCAACACCAUGACCUUGGUUCAGAGUAAAUACCCAGAGGCUGAUACAACCCAAGAGUGGAAGGAAAUUAGGGAGUUCAUGAACUUCGCAAACACGACUGGUGUUGAUUGGGCUAAAUCAGCAAAUUGCACAAGAAUUUGUGCAAUCUUUGCCACUGCGAGGGCAUCAAGAAACUAUGAAUCGGAGUGGCCAAUGGAGCUCAAUGUCCAGGAAGUGGUCAUCACUUACGUAAUUUACGCCAAGACACAAAACAGCAGAAGGUGCGCAGUCCGGACAAAGCAGAUCGAUGAAUGGAUCCCUCCAGGACUCAUGUGCAUGUAACAGCAACAGAAGUCGCGCGUCUGGACAGCUGCUGUGGCUGCUGCUCCUGUGGA